GCUUUCGCUUGUGUCGUUGUGCCGAAGUUUCUCUGCAGCUUCUCCUCUUCUCAGAAAUUAGGGUUCCGUCGCAAAUCACGAUCAGAUCUCGUUCUCUCUGAAGAUGUCUGAAGACCCGGAGUACCGUUGUUUCAUUGGUGGGCUUGCUUGGUCAACGUCUGAUCGUGGUCUCAGAGAUGCCUUUGAGAAGUAUGGUCACCUCGUUGAGGCCAAGGUGGUUCUUGACAAGUUUUCUGGUCGCUCCCGUGGUUUUGGGUUCAUCACUUUUGAUGAGAAAAAAGCUAUGGAUGAAGCUAUUGCAGCAAUGAAUGGAAUGGAUUUAGAUGGGCGAACUAUCACUGUUGAUAAAGCCCAGCCACAUCAGGGUGGGUCAGGCAGAGAUCAUGAUGGAGAUCGCAGUCGUGAUCGUGGAUAUGAUCGUGAUCGUAGCCGUCCCUCUGGUGGGCGAGGUGGUGGAGAUUGCUUUAAAUGUGGCAAGCCUGGACAUUUUGCAAGGGAGUGUCCUUCUGAAAGUAGUAGAGAUGGUGGCGGAAGGUACAGCUCAAAGGACGAUAGGUACAGUGCUAAGGAUGAUAGGUAUGGUGCAAAAGAGGAUAGGUAUGGCUCCAAGGAUGAUAGGUACAGCUCCAAGGAUGAUAGGUACAGUGCAAAAGAUGAUAGGUAUGGUGUUAAGGAUGAUAGGUAUGGUAGUAGGGAUGGUGGAGGUAGUCGCUAUGGACCUGAUCGCAGUGGAGAACGCGCUGGAGGACGUAGCCGGGAUGGUGGUAGCCGUGGAGGUCCAGGAGGUGAGAGGCACAGUCGUGCUACUGCUCCAUAUGACCGCCCCAGAGCUGGUGGCUUUCACUAGAAAUCUACUCCGAAGGUUAAAGAAGUUGAAGGUUUUCUGCUUUCGGCUCUCUUGUCAAGUGCGAAGUCAAAGUUAUGCUGGAUGGUCUAUUUUCUUCAAUGUAUUUGGAUUGCUCGAGAAAGAAGAUGUGUCUCUAUUUUGGCCCUAAACUCAAGAGUCGACUAUGUUCCUAAAGUGCUCUCUCUCCUUUUGAUAUGUUGAUCCGUAUGGAAACCUUGUGCUUGGUUGGUUUGAGACAAUUUGAGAUGUGCUACUUUAUGCUUAUCGUAAUGAAUGCGUGGGUUAUCCCCCAACACCAAA